UUGCGCGAUAUGGGCUUCUGCAGUUCAUGUAGCCUGGUUCUUUUUCCUUCAGUGAUGGCGAUGUUGGCUGAGCCGAAACGGCGGCAGAAGUUAUCUUCAGACCCAAGAAACAAGGCAUGGACUAACAAUGAAAACAAGUUUGGAGAGAAGCUGAUGAAGAAGAUGGGUUGGCAGCAAGGCAAGGGCCUGGGGAUGAAUGAAGAUGGAAUGACCAGCCACAUCAAAGUAACUGUCAAGAACAACGUUUUAGGUUUAGGCUGCAGCCAACAGCACGACGAUAACUGGAUCGGUCACCAAGACGAUUUCAACGAUCUACUCAGCUCCCUGAAUGAAGACCAUGGUACAUCAGACGACACAAAAACACCCAGCAUCCCACAAAAUCUGCAGGAGAAAUCUAAGAAAGCCAAACACAGAGUGCAUUACAAAAGGUUUGCUCGUGGGAAAGAUCUGUCUUCCUGCAGUAGCAGCGACAUGAACUGCAUCAUGGGAGUCAGAAGCAACGGUGAUACACCAAAUGACCAAUCACGGGUCCAGUCGGAAACCAAUUCUGAGGAUGAUUCUGAUGUUGAAUGCGGUGCUAGAGCUGGUCUCGGUUGUGGAUCAUCCAGUUUACGACAAAGCAACUCCACUGUACAUAACAGCUUUGGCGUACAGACUGUUACCAGCUCCAACUCCAUUCAGGAGUAUUUUUCUCGUAAGAUGAAAGAGUUGCAGGAGAAACGGAGAGCGGAGGCAGUUUCCCAUAGCAAUGCAGUUGCCGGUAGCAACACUAAACCAAAUGAUGCAGAGUUUGCAAACACAGUGCCAGACGACACCUCUGAAUUAGCCAACGGUAGAGACUGGGACGUUGAUACGUGCUGUGGAAUUGAAAAGAAGAGAAAGAAAUCCAAGAAGAAAAGGACAAAAGAGAAAGAAGGGGCGUUGGUGGGAGACCAGGGAAAUGGAGAUGGUAGCCAGUCACAUGACACGGCUAAGGUGGAGGACUCAUUUGGCCUCAAAAACGACAGGUGUAUGAAAAAGAAAAAGAAGAGAAAGCACAAGUCUUUAGCGGAGAACGGAGAUAGUCAAGGUAGUUGCUCAGAUACCAUACCAAGUACGAAAGAAACGGUCACAAGAAAGAAGAAACUGAAGGUGGCUCACUAGGUUGCUGUGCGUGCAACAGAAAGCAACAGUCGUCCAAUACGGUCAAACCUCGUUAACAAGAGGUCUUUGGGAUUCAGCAGAUUACUUAGAACAAGAACCAUGUGAUAUCGGGAAUGAAAAGCAACAGAUUUAGACCUAAAAUGAGCAGAAGUUGUAUUAGCAGUGCUCAUAUUAACCCUAACUCCCCAGAGUGAUUUACUAGGAACCGUACCCAUUCACACAAAUUCCAACACCAUAUGGUAAC